CCCUGUGCCCGUGGCCCUCUGCGCAUGCCCGGACCCCGGCGGCUCCGGAGUCCGGGAGGCUCUGGCUGCUCCAGUCGCGGGUCCGGGCCCCGCCUCUCCACUCGGCGGUGGCGUCCGUGUUGUUAUUGUGGUGGUAGCGGCGUCUGGCUGCUGCGGACCCCGCCGAGUCCUAGCGCCUGGCCUGCGCGCCGCUGCCCGCGCCACAGGUCCUUUUGGAAUAAAUCACGGGAUUGAGCUUCAUUCAGAUGUGGUGGAAUAUGCCAAGGAAAAACUGGAGAGCUUCAUCAAAAAUAGUGAUAGCUUUGAUAAAUUUGAGUGCUGUGAACCUGCAUUUGUUGUUGGUAAUUGCCUCCAGAUAGCAUCUGACAGUCAUCAGUAUGAUCGAAUUUAUUGUGGAGCUGGAGUCCAGAAAGACCAUGAAAACUACAUGAAAAUAUUACUAAAAGUUGGAGGCAUAUUAGUCAUGCCUAUAGGGGAUCAGUUAACACAGAUUAUGCGAACUGGACAGAACACUUGGGAAAGUAAAAAUAUCCUUGCUGUUUCAUUUGCUCCACUUGUGCAACCAAGUAAGAAUGAUAAUGGCAAACCAGAUUCUGUGGGACUCCCUCCCUGUGCUGUCAGGAAUCUACAGGACUUGGCUCGUAUUUACAUUCGACGCACACUUAGAAAUUUCAUAAAUGAUGAGAUGCAGGCCAAGGGGAUUCCUCAAAGGGCUCCACCCAAAAGGAAAAGAAAGAGAGUUAAACAGAGAAUUAACACUUAUGUAUUUGUGGGUAAUCAGCUUAUUCCUCAGCCUCUAGACAGUGAAGAGGAUGAAAAAAUGGAAGAAGAUAACAAAGAAGAGGAAGAAAAAGAUCACAAUGAAGCAAUGAAGCCAGAGGAGCCACCUCAAAAUUUACUGAGAGAAAAAAUCAUGAAGCUGCCCCUCCCUGAAUCUUUAAAAGCUUACUUGACAUAUUUUAGAGACAAAUAACUUAGAUCAAGAAGAAAGAAUGCCUACUGAUAAUUCCUUUAGUCUUGAAAAUGUAGCAUUUGUUAGGAGUUAAAAGAGAAUUAUUUCUUUCAUCAGAGCAAAUUAUAGUGGAAAAAAAUAUCACUUGUUUCUGUCA